AUGUACAGCGUCAGCAAGACCCGCGAGCUCAGCAAGACACCUGAGCAUCAGGAAAAGGUCAGGCCACUUACGGUCUUGCGUGAAGGUCUUGUUUCAUUGCCUCCAGCUCGUGUCCCACCAGGCCACGAGGGUCGGGAUCACGAGAGAGCUCUGCUGGUCGGUCCCAUCAUUGGGCGAGUCACGGACACCACAGCAUCGUUUCUGGUUGAGGUGGCCGAAGAAAUUGACAUCAACAUCAAUGUCGUGCAGGUAUAUGGCUACAUGGAUCAGCACACCCACGAGCUGACACUGAUGGGAACCCAGAAGGAAUGGCUUCAUCAGCCUCCGCUGGUCUCCCUGGAGCUGAAACGGACCUGGUUUUCUCAGGGCAUGGCGGUCUGCACGGCGCAAAGGGUACGCCCUGGAUCGCCCGUGACCUUCCAGCUCCAAAAGCUGGAGCCGGAGACCCCGUACAUGGUCUUCAUCAGCAACGUCCCGGAGGCCGAGCUUUUGACACCCCUCCGCUUUCGCACCAUGCCGGCACGAGUGGAAUCACUUCGGCUCGUGGUCAUUGGAGACUAUGCAGCAUCGAACAAGUCCACUGCGCCACUGGAUGAUGAGAACAACUCAGAUCCGUGGCAGCACCUGCACCACAUGGUUUCAAGGGGUGCCGAGGUGCAGGUGGGCCUUCAUGUUGGCCGCACCUUUGCUGCGCAGAUGUAUGAGCAGAUUCGCAGCAGCUUGGUCGAGCAUCAGAGCUUCUGUGAGGGGCCGAAGCAGGCGAUGCUUCGAGAGGCCCGUGCCAGGCUUCGGGAGGCGUACCGCACCACGUUGGGGGGAAACGAGCAUUUCCGCAAGUUGCUGUGUGAGAUCUGCAGCAACAUCAGCGUGUUCAUUCCGCCGCUUGACCUACAGACGCUCCUGAACAAGACGGACGACUUACAGGCAAAGCCGGAGUUCAGUGCCAGUCUGCAGCUGGGCGACAUACAAGAGCUGCUGUGCCUGUCACUCGAGGUGUACCGUGAGUACCAGCGUGCCAUGUGGGACGGCAGCUGGCACUACGGCUUGGAUGUGCGCCAGCUGGGCAAGGGUUGGCAUCAGGAGCCGGUGCCCGACGCAGACGUCGAAAAUGAGGAAGUGGACGCCUCCACACUGGAGUUCCUGGUCGAGGCGGGCAAGGCUUCCUCGGACUCCGUCGAGGAGUGGCAUAUCCAUCGAUAUGGCCUCAUCAGCAUCUUGGUGUUGGACACGAAAGGCAACGCCAUGACUGCAGCGCUGACAAGCACUCAGCCAAGCAGCGUUCUGUCUCAACGCCAGUGGGCUGCAGUGGACGAGGUGUUGGCCGACGAGGCCGUACAGGUGCUCCUUCUGGUCGCAGACUCACCGCUGGCGCUGGAGGAGUGA